AGAGGAAUAUAAACCCUGCGCGGAACCUCAGUCCUUCACAGACGACCUCUACUCACAGCAAGCGCAACAUGACUCCUAACGCCACUGAUGUAUCUGCUCUGACUUAUGCGCCCCGCACCGUGGCCAUGAGAAAAGAAGCAAACGAACUGAGAAGAACUUUAAAACCCUUACUGGAAAAGAAACGACGAGCGCGCAUCAACGAGAGCCUCAACCGAUUAAAAGCGCUCAUUCUCCCUCUCACAGGCAAAGAUAAUUGCCGUUACUCUAAACUGGAGAAAGCUGAUAUUUUGGAGAUGACCGUCACAUUCCUGACUGAUAUUCAAUCCAUUCCGUCUAAAGAUAGCGCCGAUAGCUUUAAAGAGGGGUACACAGCUUGCCUCCAGCGCGUUUCAGCGCGCCUACCGCAAACCGGCCUCGACACAGAGACCCGCCAUCGCGUCAACGAGUUCAUACAGCAUUCAGCGAUGCCCAAGACCCCAUCCUGCCAGAACUGCUGUGCACAGAGCUCCAAAAUGAUGACACAAAUCCAACAAAAACUCCUGAAUUUGAAAUCUAGCAGCUCAAGAAUCGUAACCCCGGAAAAAAGCAACGCUGCGAUUCCCAGUCGACCUCAGCCUGUGGCGCUGAUCACCGAUGCCACAGUAUGGAGGCCUUGGUAGACCAACCGUAAAAUUGACUGUUGUUAUAAUCUUUUAAUGCAAGCCUUUUAGAAUUGUAGCUAUAUAUUUACAAACUACAUAGUCUCUUGCAAUUUUUUACAUUUGAUGAAUAGAUGUCAUCAAAUCGCAUGUGAGUAUUGUAUACUUGGUUUUCCAGUCCAGUGUAAAGUAAUGGAACAGACCCGUUCAAAUCGUUUAGUUUUCAUAAAGAUCCUGCGCGUAACCUGUACAUAACGUGGUUAGAUUUAUGCCCUACUGCGGGUUAAAUCGUCGGUGGCUCUUGAAAACGCCUAAGUAAAACCCAAAGGGUUGAUAAUUGUAAGAUAUUUGCACUUCAUACUUUAGUAUCCUGGGUUGGUGCAGAUGGUUAAAUGUAAGCACUCUGUGUUGUUGUUCACUGAAAUCUCUAUUUUAGGAGAGGUGCUGUUUAUUUCCCUGUUUAUACAUUUAUGUGUUGUGCUACAUUUUUGUUGAUACUCUUAUGUGUUAUGCUACUUUUUAUAAUAAAAGUUGUAGGCUACCCAGCUGGUUUCCUUGCAUUAUUCUCUCUGAACAAAUUAAAAUAACAGAGCUAGUGCACAUAUACACAAUGGAGAAACGCGGACUUGCUAUCAAACAUAACAAUGACAUGGAUUUGGGCGCGCAAAUGAAUACAGAUGUGUGGUGGUGGCGUGGUGAUGCUCUAUAGGCGUAUAAUCACAAGGCUUGUAGGUGAAUAUACCCUUAAGAAAAUGAACCAUGGUUUUAUUGUAGUAAAAGUGUGGUAACCAUGUUUUUUGGCGUAUUGAUUACCAUUUGUAUAACCACAAUUUAACCACAAAUACCAUGCUUAAACAAUGGUUAGUGCAGCAAAACCAUGGUUAAGUUGUGGUUGCAAUGGUAUAAUUGCAGUAACCUAUACAUUGAAUGCAGCGUCAGGCAGGGGACAAAGCGUCUGCACAAUAAAUAAAUGCAAACAUAAUCACUGACAGCGUCCUCUAUUCAUGUUAAAGGUGAACGCUUGCAGGAAAACCUGGUCUCUGCUGCCACCUUUCGGUGGUUUAGUUACAGCGUGAAUUGAACAAGUGAAGUGUGUAGAUAAUUUGUAACCCAUUUCAGCGAUUGAUUAACAUG